GUCGAGACGAGAACGGAGAGCGUCAGACGAGUCUGCUAGUUAUGCAGUAAUGGAGAGGCAGGAGCGAUGGAACAACGGAAAACAUGGAUAUAUGGAAUAUUGUGUUAUGUACUUUCAUUUACCUUGACGUUUUACAUAGGGGAAUGUAGAGAAGUAAAUAAAAGCAAGAAAACUCCAUUCUUUCAUCGACACCAUGAUUGCCUUGUUACUCUAUUUCACAAUGGUCAUAUCAUAAACACUACACUAGUAGAUGGGGUUCAACAUCUGGAGAAUGUAACUGUCCAGUUUUUAGCCUUUGGUCAUCACUUCGUAGUGGAUCUCAACCAAAACAAGCAGCUCUUUACUGAGACUUAUGUAGAAAAGUUGGUUCAUUCUAAUGGUCAGACAUCAGAAUCUACUCAGACAGCAAAUAAAGAGAACUGUUACUACCAUGGCAAACUACGUUUUCACUCUACAUCAGAGGCAGCCUUAAGUACAUGCCAUGGAUUAACGGGAUACAUAACAAAUAAAUAUGAAACCUAUCAUAUAGAGCCACUCAAUGGAAGAAUACAUAGAGUUUACAGAAAUCAAGAUCAGAAAAAGUUGUCACUUCGAUGUGGCACUGAAGGCCAUGAUUCUAGGUUACAUAGCCAUCAAACAGUUGUCAAGCGACAUAAACGCAGCAUUGAGCUUCCCUAUGACAGCAACAUUAACACAAGAUAUGUGGAACUUUAUCUGGUCAAUGACUACAGGACAUUUGAAAGGCACGGCAAAAAGACAGAUAUUAUCAUCAAAAGAUCCCAAGACAUAGCCAAUAUUGUUAGCAGUCUCUACAGACAGUUGAACAUCUAUGUAGUGCUUGUGGGCGUUGAGGUGUGGGUGGGAGGUGACCAGGUCAGUGUGACUGUCAGUGCUGACAACACCAUGGAAAAUUUCUUACGCUACCGCAAAGAAAGAAUCAACCCAUACCACCACAAUGACAAUGCUCAGCUUAUUACUGGUAUCUUCUUUGAACAUGGGGUAGUUGGUAAAGCCAUUAAAGGGCCUAUCUGCACCCACCAGUACUCUGGAGGGGUCAACAUGGAUUAUGGCGGAGUUGUGACCCUUGUAGCCACCACUGUAGCUCAUGAGAUGGGACACAACUUUGGUAUGGAACAUGACAAUGAUACUAUGUGUGAAUGUAGAGAUGAUAAGUGCAUCAUGGCUGCCACCAGUGGCCAAAUCAGUCCUAAGAGAUGGUCAUCUUGCUCUCAGAAUGCCCUGGCUGAAGCUUUUGAUCUGGGUAUGGACUACUGCCUACGUAAUCUACCAACAUCUGUCUACGGUGGUCCUAUUUGUGGAAAUGGUUUGAAAGAAGAUGGAGAGGACUGUGACUGUGGUCUGAAACAAGAUUGUGCCAAUCGCUGCUGUAAUGCUACAUCCUGUAAGAUGUUUUCAGCUGCUCAAUGUGCUUCUGGGAUGUGUUGUGAUUUUGACUCUUGCAAGGUGAAAGAAGCCUCCACAAUGUGUCGUGCACCAACUGGUGAGUGUGACCUUGGUGAGUUCUGUGAUGGGGUCUCUGAGAACUGUCCUGCUGAUGUCUUUGUACAGAAUGGGGUUUCCUGUAAACAUGGGCAGAGUUACUGUUAUAAUGGUCAGUGCAAUACUCACACUGAACAGUGCAAGUUGUUAUGGGGUGACAGUGGACGAGUUUCGGACCCCAUUUGUUUCCAGCAGUUGAAUAUGAAUGGUAACAAUGAUGGUAAUUGUGGCUUCAACUGGACAACAGUCAAAUACAAGCGCUGUGAUAAAGAAAAUGUCAUGUGUGGACUGUUACACUGUGUUCAUCUCAAUGAGAAACUCAUGUUCUGGAGAGAUAACUUGGCCAUUGAUAUGAGGGCUUCCUUUUUGUCAAGGGGCAACAAACAGUAUGUCUGUCGAUCUGCCAUGUUGGAUGUUGGAUUGGACAUGCCAGAUCCAGGUUUUGUGCCUGAUGGUGCUAAAUGUGAACAAGAUAAAAUCUGUAUCAACCAACAGUGUGUUCCACUGGCCAAGUUAAAUAUAGAACAAUGUGCAGACAACUGCCAUGGUCACGGACUGUGUAACAGUAAAGGCAAUUGCCACUGCCACUCAGGCUAUGGUCCACCUUUCUGCGACAGACCUGGCUAUGGUGGCAGCAUUGACAGUGGACCUGCUAGUAAUGAAUAUGAAACAGACUCUUUCCAAACAUCCAAAAAGGAUGUCUUGAUUACUGUUUUGGUAGUCUUACUCCUGAUUGUCCCCCUUAUCAUAGUGGCUGUUGUAGCCUUUUUAAAGAGAAAACAAUUGGAGAAAUGGUGGCAACAAAUACCAAGUUUGAAAUACAGAGUUGGCAAUAAAAAGCCCAAAUGUAAACCAUCAUCAGAUUCCAGUUCCUCAAUUAGAAAAGAAUUCAGUACAGCAUCCCGUGACAGGGAGAAUCUCAUUUUUAACCCUCAAGGUGCACACACAACAGAGAGUAAAACCAAAGUUUGGAACUCGCACACUUCACACUCUCCAGCAGCAGUGCCUCCCGAAAGACCAAAGCAGCCUCCAUCAGUGUUGAAACCUAGCUCUUCAGAGUCCAAGAACACGACAAAGAAAGUCAAAUUAUCUCUUCCUAUCCAAGAAACUGGCGGCCCUCCUUCCCCCAGCAAACAAAAGAAACCCCUUCAGUUUGGUUCUGAAAAGCUUGAAGCUAGUAAAGGUAGUCAAGCAGCUCAUUCUUCAAACUCCAUUGUUAAAAGGGAGUCAUUUAGGGGAUCAGAAAUUUCUGAACCAGUCCUGGUAUGUACAACUAACAGGAACUCUUUGGUUUUGGCAGACGGCAAUGUGGAUAUCAUCGGCCCAGAGGCCAAGCUUGUCACUGGACAUAAAGUUAAUGCUGUGAGUGUUAAGCGUAGCCAAUCAGACCGCCCAGUUAGCAAACCUGAGGUCCAUCGUCCUGUGAUUGUCCCUCCACCACCUGGUAACUCAACUUUAAAAAAAUCAGCCUCAGCAAGAUCGCCUACUAAAGUCAAUCCACCAGUCACGUCAUCAGUUGCAGGGUCUAAAGGAAAUACAUCAGGGUUUAGGCCGCGCCCAGUUCCACCAAUACCUACAGAGGAAGAGGAUGACACCCAGCCUAUUUACACCAAUGAAACAACAGACAUGAGUGAUCUUCUUUCAGCUAUAGAUGGGGUCCUGAAAGACUCCUCAACCCUCUACAGCAACAUGUCAGGCUCCGUACAAACACCAAUUCAGGAGACCUCACCUCCAGCCCCUCCAAGAUCCACACCAGCAAUUCAACCUUUACCACCUAAGCCUCCUUCAUCCACAGCUACAAGCAAGCCUGUAAGACCAGCCCCAAAUAAAGUCCCAGAUGUCUCAAAAAUAAACAACAAAUCUGCCUCUCUCAGUUUUAAUAUUGAAAGGGACAAUACAACUCAAGUCACUGACACAAAAGUCAGCAGUCAGGAUAGUUCUAAACCAGCUGCAGAGUUGAAAUCCACAAAACCUAACACAGGUGUUAAAUCUAAGAGAGAUAUAUCUUCUGAAAAUAGUGAUAAAAUCAAAGGUGCUGUCUCAGAUGAACUUCGAAGCAAAAUUAUUAAUAGAUCUAGUCCACCUAAAAGUUCUAGCACUCUUCCAGCUAAGCCUGGUUUCCAUAAACCUUUGGCAAAGCAAAAUAGUUCAAGCGGUCAGCAGUCAACUUCAUCUGUUACAUCUAAACCUACAAAGACAGACAAUGAACCUAUAAAAGCUAUAUCCAGCAAAAAUAUCCCAAGUUCAUCUACAAUUAACAAACAAUCUAAUGUCCCUAAGACAUCUGUAAACAACAGAACUAUUGCAGAUAUAAAGUCUAGUCUAGCUGCUAGGUCUAGUUCACCGACAAAUAGUAGCACUGAGAAUGAUGGUAAAAAAGUAUCUGUGAGGAAAGUUUCUGAGGCAGAGAAGUCAGUACCAUCUGCUGACAAAACAAAGUCAGCCAAGCCAGAAGGCUCACAAAUAACCCGUGUCCAGUCCAUGACAACCAAUAGACCUUCUUUGCCUCCUAAACCUGAUUCAUCAAAUGCUCCGGGAGCUCAGCCAAAACGAGUUCAGAGUUUUAGAAUUUAAUCUUUGGCCUUAUUUCCAAAUUUUUUUGUUGACCUUAGUUUCAAGUCUUGCCAUCUUUUUGUUUUUUUUGGUCUGAUAGUGUCCAAUGCUUGUUUAAUGCUCUGAUGACCAAUGGUCUAAUUUUGUAUACAUUUGAGUUUAAAUUUUGUUUUGAGUUUAAUGCUGCACAUUUGAAACCUGAUGUAUUUAUGUAAAUUAUUUAUUUUUCUAAUGUUGAUUUAAUUCUAUAGUGUUAUGCUUUUUAAUUUGUAUUCUCUAUGUCACUGCCUGGUCAUGUGGAAUGCACUCUGGUCUGUUGGCUAGAUUGUCCCAGGUUCAAAACCUAGAUGCUGCCAUCCUCCCUGACCUUUAGGAGGUUUGGGCUAGGAUGUAAUAAUCUUCAAAUCUUGAGAAGCAUUUAAAACUUGUAAAACAUACACACAAAACAAGUCGCAAUAUUUGACCCAAAGGGACAUAGAAAGUGGCUUAAUAAUAGGGGGUAAAAAAAAGUUAAUAUUAAUUAGUAUAUACAAGCUAUAGGCUUGUGAUUUUCUAGAAAUAGAUAAUUCUAAUUUGUGUAUAGGUGUCUAGUGUUCUAUAGUUAUCAGCUUAAUGGCAUUUAGCUAGUAAUUUCAGUCAUUUAUUGAUAGAUCAGAUUGUGUCAUAGAAUGACUCAUUGAAUUGAUCUUUGUAGCAAUCACUCAAUCACUUGUGUGUUUUCCUUCAAGUGGAUCUAUUCACUUUUUCUUUGUCCUCGUGAGUCAAUAGUUCUAAUGAGACAUCCUUCCUGGCCAUAAAUUCAAUAAUUUAAAGAUCUGCAAUUUUUGUUUGAUUCUAUCUUUUAUAACAUUUUGGAAUAUGCCUAUUGUAAAUAUUACCAUUAGACUUGAGUAACACCUUUAGUAAAAUCAUUCACUCCAGUACAGUAGUCUAAUAUGUAAAGUUACAUUAGUACAGAAAACAUUUUUUAUUCCAAAUUCUCAAAGUGCUCUUCUUCUGUAGUCCCAUUAGAGAAUGGAACAGGUUGCCUGAAUCAGCUAGUAUAAUGAUCUAGUAGAAUUUAAGUUUCUAAUUAACAUACUGGACUAGAUGGAUACAUGUAGUUCCUAAUGUAAUUACAUUCUUUGAAGAAAUGUCUGUAAUUUAUAAGAUACUAGAGAUAUAUUACCUGCGGGUCUUAAUUUGCGUAUCACCGUCAAUAUAGUCUCUGAGAGUGUUUUGUAAACAAUUAAACAAAAUAAUAAUGUUAAUACAAAAUAAUAAUGUUAUAAGUAAAGCGAAUGCGUAAAUAUAAAAAUAGUAUGAAUUGUGCUAUCAAAAUAGCUAAUCGACUUAAAUCCAAUUUUUCAAAUAAAAACAUUUGCUUGUAGGCCUACAAAUAUUUGAUUAAUCUGAAAGGAAUAGACUUCAUUUUGUAUGUUCAUGUGUUAAAGUAUGAAGUAGAUCUUGAGUUAGACAUAAAUCUAGGCUUGGAUAGAGUUCAUUCUGCACGAACGUGAAGGCUUCGCUCUGCGCAUGCGUGACCUUUUUUAUCAGAUACGUGAUUUAUUAACUAUUAGAAUAUAUCUCAACACGGCUUCGCAGCUUUAGCGAAUGAAUGUAUGAAAAAUGCUUUAGAAAAACAAAUCUGAAUGUUAAUUCGAUUAAAAUAUGAAAUGAAUGGACUAUAAUUAGUAUGUUCAUGUGUUAAAGUUUAAAACUAUCUUUGCAAAGAGAAGUUAUAUCAUAUUAGAGUUUUAGGCCUUGGAACAGAAAGAUGUGUUAUUGUGUAACAUUACGGUAUUGUCUUAGAAUGAAAGAAUGUACGUCAGGAAUUCUAAAUUAGCAGAUAUAAGGAAUGAAUUUAUGUAAAAAAUGCUUUUGAAACACAAAUUUGAAGGUUAAUUUUAUUAAAUAAUGAAAUCAAUGGACUAUAUUUUGUAUUUUCAUGUGUCAAAGUAAAAAAACUAUGCACAAAGUGUAGUUCUUAAAAUUAGAUCUAGAUCCUUUCGAUCUUUUCUCAUGUAAACAUGGCCUAGAUCGAAUAAAUUGCAAUGCUUUCAUAUAGUUGGUCCAUUUAAAUUUUUUUUUGAGGGUCUUAAGUUUCUUUUAGGGCUACAAUACAUACACUACAGUCCCAGUUAGAGCCCAAGGAACAUAUAGGCCAAGUUUUAUCAAGAUUGGUCAAACGGUUUUGAUUUCUAUUCGGCACAUACAUAUAUACAUACGCCUUACAUUCUACUUUAUAGUAUAGAUGAGAAAGUAAAAUAAAAAGUGUUGUUUUGAUUCAAUCUCUUAUUUCUCUUAGGUUUCUGUAAGUGAACUCAAACUGUGACCCUACUAGAGAGGACUUGUCUUUCCUCAGUAACCAUGGCAUUGUUUUAUAAGGGUUAACUUCUUGUUCAUUGCUGUGUUUUGUUGGUAUAGAACUGUCUACUAGUUGGAAACAGUUGCUAGUUGAACUAUUGAUAUACUGUAGUGUGACAUAUAUCCACUUUCAGCUCCUGUGCUACAACUAUUUUUUUUUUCAUUCCUUAACUAAUUAGUUCACUGCCUUCAUAUUUAUUGGUGUACAGAAACAUGUCAUUUGUUGAGUUGUAUUUUUUUUUAUUUAUUCACUGCAAAAAUUGUAAUGUUUUUGUUUUUGUGUGUGUAAAUCUGGUAAGUACACACACUAGUUCAAUAUACUAAAAAAUGUCCCAUAUAUUUUUAAUUAUACUUAUAAAUAUUUACAUUUACUAUACAAAGUAACCCUGAUUAUAAAAAAAUAGACCUAAAUAGCUGAACCCUUUACACAUUUUGGAUAUUGAGGUUAAAACCAAUAAUUUUUGUAUUAUUGUUGGUUAAACAGUUAUUUGAUUAGGCUGAAGUCAAGAAAGAAAAUGUGUCAAUGAGUUAAGGGCUAUAGACACUUUUUAAAUCUCUAGACAUGUUUGUGUCUAGAAGUUCUUGAUCUUUGAAGAGUCUGAUUCCAGAUAUUCAUUUGUUGGCUAUAUGAGAAACAUUGUCCAUUCAGAUCAACUUACAAUCAAAGAGAAACUAAUAGAAAUUGUUUUGCUGGUGUCAUGACAUUAUAGUUGACUUCCCCUGCCCGUUAGGGCUCUCAAGGAUUUUUACUUACUUGUGAAAUGUAUGUACCAUUAGGAUACAUUAUACUGUCUGUUGGUCCUUAUGUAACAAACCAGGAUAGAGUUUGGCUGACAAUAAUCUUAUUGUGAUUUCAUUUUAUUAAAAUUUGUUUUAUGUGAAUGACAAUUUGAAUUGCUAUUUGUGUAAGUCACUUUUUUUUUCUCAUCUUAAUGUUACCCAGAAUGUAGUGUGUGAUUGGGGCAUGAUUUACCCCUUUUUAAACCUGUUCAAAUGGAACAUGAUUGUGUAGUAUAGUCUAGAAGGUACAGUAGCUAGAACAAAUGACCCUCUCAUACACAUAAGACAAGAAGAAGAUUUCACCAGGUCUAAGACUUUUUGUUUUUGGAGUCUGAUCAAAGAUAAAACCAGACACAACAAAACUGUUUAUCUUUUUGCUUUUAUCAGGGAUAGUUUGAUUAAGCUUUUGAUUUGUCAUUAUUGUUUUAUAUAUAUUUUAUAAUAUAUGGUAAUAGAGGAAAUCCACAUCUGUCUACUUCUAUUGUAUUGGAUUUUCAAUUUUUGUUGAAGUAAAAUGAAGCAAUCCUAUACACUGGUUUAAUUAUACGAUAUUUUUACAGUUGAAGAGUACAGAAAUGAAAAAAAAUAAUUUUUAAAUGUAUAUUUUAUUUUUUAUGAUCAUUCUUACUUUCUGACCUCUCUUUUAAUAUGGUCAUUGUGCACUUAAUUUUGUGAUGCAAUUCUAGAUCACACUGCAUUUUUUUUUUAGAUUGUAUCAUUUUUGUCGUCACAAUUUUUUUUAUAGAGAAACUCCUUUUGAACAAGAUUUAUACCAUGUUUAAAUUGUAUUAUUUUCUUUGUAUUUACUUUGUCCAAGACUGUGUGAUCCAAGGCUUGAAAAGCUAACCAACAUGUUUUGUUUUUUUUCUUUUAAUGACAUUUUAGAUGGUAGCAUUUAUUUAACUAAACUAUACUUAAAGCUGAAAUUAAUUUGUAAAUAUGUUUUUAUAUAUGCAAAUUUUUGGAUUUGUGACCAAAUUUUCGUUUGAAAGCAGCCAUUAAGAAUUUAUUUUCUAGAGAAAAUGAGAGCAAAAUCUUUCAAGAGUUUUUUUUUCUCCUCACCCCCCCCCCUCCCAACAAAUUCUGUGUUAACUCAUGUAGGAUAUUUGCAUAAUUUAAGAUUAGUUUCAAAGCUUUCUGGGGGUUUUUUCUUCACAGGAAAUCCUCUAGUGGACCUUCAGGUAUGAGUGGAUCAAAGAGCUUACAGACCUUACAUCUAUUUAACAUUUGGACUUGUAUACAAUAGUUGUAAAUCAAUGGAUUUAGGAUAGACAAUCUAGUCACAUGUAUAGGCAUUAGCAUCACUGCCAAAGGUUACAGUUUACUUAGUUGCACUACACAGGUCUGAUGUCCCAGUGCUUGUGGUCCAUAUAUCCCUCUAGUAGAUUCUCAUUGUGUUUGAGCUACAAUUAUAAUUGCUCUGCCCUGCCCCUUUGAUAAACAUUGUUUCCUCUAUUGACCCAGCCCAUCUCAUAGCCAAUUGAGUGGGCUAGUAGUGUAUCCAGUUGACUAGUCUUAUCAAAAUGUAUGUUUCUACCUUUGUAACGUCUGCCUGUAUUCCUGUGAUGAUAUUUUGUAUGCUGACCUGCCAUGUGCAUCCAAUGCUUUCAACCAAUUGACUAAGAACAUGAAUGAAAUCUUAAUAAAAAUGAAAUUCAUAAGUCUGAUGAACUAGAGAUCUUUAGGCUGAUACACAUGAUUGGACUCUUCAUGAUCUUCUGCUCACUGUUACUAUAAUUAAAAAAAAAAAAAAAAAAAACUUCCUCUUUGGUUCAUCAGCUACUUGAGUUAUCUUUCUUGUUUGAGCUUGUCAUCAUAACAUGGUUUCACUUGAAUUGAUUUCUGGUUGACUUAUUUCAUUAAAGCCAUUCUCGUACCAUCGUUA